AUGUCUUCUCCGGACUGCGAUCCCGAAGCGAGCACGAAUGGCUUUGAUGUAUCAGAGGAAUUCGUGCACUCGCGAGCGCACAAGGUCGCUGGUGAGACGAGUAUCGACUUCGACGGUUUGCUGUCGCCAGCGCUGAAGCUGCAUGAGGAUGCCACCAAUGGAAAUGGUGGACGCGCAUGGAUCGCGGGCAUGAUAUUGACAAAAUACUUGCUGCGCAAGAAGAAGAACGAGUUGCGAAAUGCCUCAAUAGUUGAAUUAGGUGCUGGUGGCGGUCUGACUGGGCUUGCAAUCACCAUCGGGUGCGAGCCCAAGUAUCCGCUUCAUACGACUGAUAUGCAAUCGAUGCUGGAGCUGAUGCAGCGAAAUAUCGCGCUCAACAACCUCCAACACAAAGUCGCUGCUUCGGUGUACGACUGGGGCGAAUCACGUCCAGAACACAUACCGCCCUCGCCUGACAUCGUGAUCGCUGCUGAGUGCGUAUACUUCGAGCCAGCGUUUCCGUUGCUACAGCAGACGCUCCGUGACCUCAUUGGCACCAAUACCGUCUGCUACUUCUGCUUCAAGCGGAGGAGAAGGGCUGACAUGCACUUCCUGAAAGUGGUCAAGAAGAUGUUCUUGGUCGAGGACAUCACCGAUGAUCCUGAUCACGAGAGCUAUGCGCGGGAGAAUAUCUUCUUAUGCACAAUCAGGAAGAAGGCUGACCGGUGA